CUUACUUCCUCACUUAGUCUUUGAAAAAAGAGAGAAGACAGGCAGAGGACCAACAUUUGAAGACAGUUAACUUGAAAUAUUCUGUGGACCCGACAGCCAUGAUUAAUUAACUUGUCUCUGUGGGACACAGAUUACCAUCUGUAGCUUUUAUUCACCAUUUGGACUCUGCGUAGAGAAACUGCAGUUGUUUGUUGGCUGGAGGAAGAUUUUUUAAAAAAUGUCUCCUGAAGUGAGAAAGGAUAAAGGAUCAAAAUAUUUCAAACUUAUUAUUAUUUUCCUCUUUUUGAAUGUCAGAAAUUUUGUUCCUUCAGUAACAGGAUUUGCACUGAGAAACUGCCGAAUUAGCAACAAUAAGGCCAUAUGUGCCAAAAAUGAGCCAAAACUCAAAGUUGUUCCUCGGGAUAUUCCCUCUACAGUUAAAAGUAUCGACUUGUCUGGAAACAAAAUUUCUACAAUAGAAAUGUCAGAUUUCAAAAAUCUACCACUUGUGAUACAAUUAGACCUAAACUACAACAACAUUUCACGGAUAAAUCCUGGUUCCUUUGCUGAUCUGAUUUCCCUCAGUAGGUUAAAUCUAAACAGUAAUAAACUUGUUAAACUUGGAGAUGGUAUUUUUGAAGGUCUGAGCAACCUCACAGUGCUAAGAAUUAGUAGUAAUCUCAUCACAUUGGUGGAGUCCACCACAUUUAAGUCCUUGUCAGGCUUGAAAUUAUUAGACAUCUCUUACAACAAACUGCAUCGCUUAACAAUAGUCCAUUCUAUAUUACAGCAACUGCCAAAUCUACAAGAUCUAUCACUUAAACACAAUAACUUAAUCACUUUUCAGUCAUGGGAACUGACAAACAGCUCACUAGAACUUACAUCCCUUGAUUUGUCUCAAAAUCCCAUUGCAAUCUUUGGGAUGACUGCAGAUGUUUUUCCAAGUCUCACCUGGUUUAACAUCGGUGGUACUCUUGGGAAGCAAAAUAUGAAAUGGGACGUGCAUAACAAGACCUAUCUUAGUCAAGUGUCUACCCUUGAUAUUAGUGGGCUUCAUGUGGAUUUAACUGACAUGAAAAGAUUGCUGGAGAGUGUCAACGCCUCUCUGGCUUUUCUGAGGAUGAAUGGAAUGAAACAAAACCCUCCAGCACUAAUCAAUAUUUCCUGCACCAUCCCAACAAUGUCCAAACUCCAGCUCCGACAUAACCGACUGAAAUUUGUCCGUUCAGAUUUGUUUCAGUUGUGUAUAAACGUAACAGAGAUAGAUUUAGCAGACAAUAAAAUUCGACGCAUUGAUGAAGGUUCCUUCAAAUCUGUUCAAGGUUUAAGCAUCUUGACUUUGUGUCGCAACAGACUUCCAUCUGUUCCAGCUGCCACAAGGAAUCUACCAACUCUUGUUGAGCUGGAUCUCAGCAGUAAUAACAUCAGCACACUUGAAUGUAAUGAUUUUGCCAAUAUGUCAAAGCUCAGACAGCUUAACCUUUAUGGGAAUUCAAUCUCAGCUCUAAAACAGUGUGUUUUCAAGGAUUUAAUGCAUUUGCAAGUUUUAAAGCUACAGAACAACAUCAUAUCCAAAUUAGACAGUGCUUUUAAAAAAUACUUGCCAAAUCUUAAACAACUGCGUUUGAAUGGAAAUAAACUUGUUGCAAUUAAACAGGGUGACUUCAAGGGCUUGCGCUCCCUCCAGAACUUGUCGUUACAUGAAAAUCAAAUCCAGCAACUUGAAAAUGGGUCUUUCAGUGGAUUAACAAAUCUUACUGAUAUUCAGCUGCAAUCGAAUAAAAUUCAAAGAAGUGGAAUAGAGAAUGGGGUUUUAAAUGAUCUGAUCAAUUUAAGAAGACUGGAUAUAAGGAACAAUAACAUUAGAUAUGAUAACAGUUUGGCUUUGUCCAAUCCACCAUUUUCUCAGCUUUCUCAUCUGGAGACACUGGCUAUGCCUUCACAGCAUCACAGGGGCAAGUCUCAUCUCCCUUGCAACAUCCUCCAAGGUUUGACAAACCUCUUGGUAUUCAAUACCAGGAACAUUCAGCUUUUGUCUUUGCCCAAAGACAUGUUUAAUUACACGCCUCGACUGCAAACACUUGAUAUUAGUUCAAAUGACCUUUUGGAUCUAUCUCCGGAUUUGUUCUCCCCCAUUCAAAGCCUUAAAAGCCUCUACAUAUCUAGAACAAGUCUUCAGUCUCUAAAUUUUCUCAUAAAUGCCAACCUUACUAAGCUGGAGUUCAUGCAGGCUAGAAAGAAUGAAUAUUCAGUUAUCAGUGAGGACAUAAUGAAGUCCCUACCAGCUCUUGGUUAUGUGGAUCUUCAAGGCAAUAGUUUCACCUGUGACUGUGAUAAUGCCUGGCUCAUCCAGUGGAUACGAAACAACACCCAAACGCAAGUUUUUGAUGCCUAUAACUUUCAGUGCAACUAUCCUCCAGACCUAAACCAAAUGAAAUUGUUGGACUUUGACAUCCAGUCCUGCUCUGUGAGCACAGACUUCAUCUGCUUUAUCUCCACCACAUGUAUGAUCCUCCUUUUUAUGGUGGUGUCAUUCACCUACCAUUUCCUGCGGUGGCAGCUGGCUUACGCCUACUACUUCUUUUUGGCUUUGCUCUUUGAUACAAAGAAUAAAAACAGGCAAAUUCCUCAUCAGUAUGAUGCCUUUGUCUCCUAUAACACCCAUGAUGAGCCAUGGGUCAUGAGAGAGCUGCUGCCAAAAUUGGAAGGAGAGCAGGGCUGGAGGCUAUGUCUGCACCAUCGAGACUUCCAGCCAGGCAAACCCAUCAUAGACAACAUUACAGAUGCCAUCUAUGGAAGCAGGAAGACCAUCUGUGUGAUCAGUCACAGAUACCUUGAGAGUGAGUGGUGCUCCAGAGAGAUCCAGGUGGCCAGUUUCCGUCUCUUUGAUGAACAGAAGGACGUGUUGAUCCUGGUGUUUCUGGAGGAGAUUCCUACCUCACAGCUGUCUCCUUACUACCGCAUGAGGAAGCUGCUGAAGAGCCAGACUUACCUGAGCUGGCUGCAGGCUGAGAAGAACCCCAGCCUGUUCUGGGAGAAACUCCGCCAGGCUCUGAGGAGCAAAGAGGAUUUUUGUGAGGACAGGUUACUCCUCACUGAGGUGGACAGAGGGUAAUGGAAAGAACAUAUCUCUGUGUGAGGUCUGCAGCCCAUGUAUUGAACAUUUUCCUGAAUUUCAGACUGCCCUUUCUGGCCAGCGUCUAUGAUUAGAUUAGCCGCUCUUAUUAUGUGAUAUGCAUUUCAGAGUGGAAGUUAUAUGUUUUAUAUAUAUAUAUAUAUUUACAUAAAU